AUGUACUGUCUCAGUUCACUCCUGGCGGUUUCCUUAGUCGCCUUUCUCAUAGUAGACGUAAGUCCUCGCGGGCUGGGGAGAGCUGUGACGCGUCACUAUUUAAGCUCACUGAACCCCCCAGUCAAGCCGGAAGAGAAUACCGGAUACCCUAAUGCGGAACUUUGGAAUGCAGCCCACCCCAGCUCAAAUGAUCCGCUUGGAAGUCAAUCUAGUCCCUUACCAUCCGGAAAAGCAGGAACAACCGUGCCAAUGCAGGAGUUGCCCCUGGAAACCGACCCGCUGUUUCGAUUCAAGGGGAUAAAUCUCUGCACAACAGAGUACUUCUUGCCACUCAUCCUUCUUGGAUACUCCAGCUUGCUGACAAACGGGUUUCUGCCAGCGUUUCAAUCCUACUCUUCUGCCUCCUAUGACAGUUUGACAUAUCACCUGGCAGUGACCUUGUCUGGGUUGAUAUGUGCUUUGCUGACUGUGGUGGUCACAUACGUGGUGAAUCGAAGGAAAGUGCUGCAGCGCACCUCUAACAGUCGUUCUUUUGCAAAACCGAUGAUAGACGAAACCGACUGGGCGAGCGCGGCUUACGUUCGUCGGGCGCAAUUUCUUUGGUUGCUCAUGGCGGCAUUGGCGAGCUGUCCUGCGGCCUAUGUGAUGUUUCUUGCUUCCACAAGUCCAAACCCACCACAACUUGCUGGUCUUGGUCCGGUUUUGGCCGUGGUCGCGUGGAUCCUUGUUCGCUCUGGUUUCAGCGCUCUUCGCACUUGGCUAUGGCUCCAUCUGUCUAGCAGAAGUCAUCGACCAAUGGCCCUACGGUUCGCUGGCCUAGCCACUCAGCUUGGUGCUCUGUUGGGUGCUAUUGCGAGCUAUCUGAUGGUCGUACACUUUCAACUUUUCAAAUCAAAGUCCUUCUGCUGA